AGUUCUACAGAGGGCGCUAGUGAUUCCUCAACGCCACGAGUUGAGGGGCAUUUAAGUAAUCGACGAAAAACAAAGCAGUGGACGCUGUUAUGGUCACAAGGCGAAAAAAAAAUGUGCUAAAGUUCAACUAGUUCCGCCAAAAGAAACAUUGAACUUCCAAAGUUCACCGCACGCAUUAAAAAAAAUACUGCUAUCGGUGCUGUGGAAGAAUGGCUCAAUAUUCUCGCGUUUUGGACGCUGUUGCUUUGAUUACCCUUCAGAACCCACCUGUGAAUGCACUAAGUGGACGAGUACGUCAGGGCAUUGUGGACACUGUGCAGAGGGCCCUCGCUGAUCCAAAGGUGAAGUCUGUCGUCAUAUGUGGGCAGAAUGGAGUUUUUUGUGGAGGAGCCGACAUCAGGGAGUUCGGCAGCCCGAUGACCGGGCCCCCGCUGGUGCCGAUGAUCCACGCCAUCGAGGCCGCCGACAAGCCGGUGGUGGCGGCCAUAGAAGGGGUCGCUCUGGGCGGAGGCCUGGAGUUGGCGCUCGGCUGUCACUAUCGAAUAGCGCAGGCCAAGGCUAAAGUGGGGCUUCCAGAGGUGACUUUGGGUCUGCUACCUGCUGCGGGCGGAACCCAACGUUUGCCGAGGCUCACCGGACUCCCGGCAGCUUUGGAUCUUAUUACCACAGGUCGUCACAUCACCGCCGCCGAAGCGCUGGAACUCUCGAUAGUGGAUCGUCUUACAGAUCACAGCGCCGUGGACGCUGCCGUCAAGUUUGCCGUGAGUGUUGCAGAUCAGUCUCUGGAUGCCCGCCGUAUCAGCAGUCGCCCGUGCCCUUGCCCUCCCGAUUUGGAUGCCCUAUUUGAGGCGGCGAUGCGGAAGGUCCGCCAUAGCUCCCGUGGAGCCACGGCGCCGGUGGCUUGCGUCCAGGCGCUGCGGGCGGCCGCCACCCUGCCGUACAGCCAGGGCAUGCAGCGGGAGAAGGAUCUGAUGGCCACGCUGUUCACCUCUGGGCAGGCUCGAGCUCUGCAGUACAACUUCUUUGCCCAGAGAGCUGUGGCAAGGUGGCGCUUGCCCGGUGGAGCUCGCUGGGACGGCAGCAAGCCCAGGCCCAUCUCUAAAACGGCGGUCAUCGGUCUUGGUACGAUGGGAAGAGGUAUAACGGUCUGCCUUGCUCAGGCGGGGUUGUCUGUGGUUGCCGUGGAGGUCCAGGAGAAGCCACUGAAGGAGGCGAAGCAAGCCAUAUCAGGCAUGUUACGGCGUGGGGCCAAGAGACGAGGGGUGGCCCCCGCCCUCGACCUGAUCACCUACAGCCAAAACCUUCGGGCGGUGGCGGAUGUUGACCUGGUCGUUGAGGCUGUGUUUGAAGACUUGGACCUGAAAACGCAAAUCUUCCAGCAGCUCUCCAACAUUUGUAAACCAGGAGCGUUGUUGUGCACCAACACGUCCGGGUUGAACGUCGACCUCCUGGCCUCGCAGAGCCGCCGCCCGGAGCUGGUGGUCGGGAUGCAUUUCUUCGCCCCGGCGCACGUCAUGAAGCUACUGGAGGUGGUGUACGGGUCGCGCUCCUCGCCUGAAGCUGUUGCCACCGCCAUGGAUCUGGGGAAGAAAAUGGGCAAAGUGGGCGUGGCAGUCGGUAACUGCCGCGGAUUUGUGGGGAACCGCAUGCUCAAGCCGUACAUGGAGCAAGGCUUGUUUUUGUUGGAAGAGGGAGCCACGCCAGAGUCGGUAGACGGAACGCUGGAGGAGUUUGGCUUCGCCAUGGGGCUCUUCAGAAUGUCGGACCUCUCCGGGAUCGAUGUAGGCUGGAAGGUUCGAAAGGGAGACGGUCUGGUGCAGCCCGGCGCGGAAAGUAGAGUACGGCAAGGCCGCCGAUACAGUCCCCUCGGGGAUCUACUCUGCGAGCGAGGGCGGUUUGGACAGAAAACGGGCCGUGGAUGGUAUCAGUAUGACAAGGGUCAUGAAGCGAGGCCUGACCCAUGGUUGCACCGCUUUCUGGAGGAGUACCGAGCCCGACACGGCCUCGUGGCACGUCGCAUAGAUCGCCAGGAGGUGCUGGAGCGCUGCCUCUACAGCCUCAUCAACGAGGGCUUCCGCAUCCUCGAGGAAGGAAUAGCGGCCGGACCCGAAGACAUCGACGUCGUCUACACGUUCGGUUACGGCUGGCCCAAGCACCGCGGGGGUCCUAUGUUCUACGCGGGUAUGGUGGGCCUGGCCAAAGUCCUGGAGAGGCUGGAGCACUACCAGCAGACCCACCCAGAUGUGCUUUACAUGCAGCCUUGCGGUCUGCUCCGAAGGCUGGUGGCCAGCGGCAGCCCGCCUGUCCACAAGUGGAGGGAAAUCAUUAAGAAUACUCACAGCAAGAUUUAAAGAAAUUAUUUUUCAUUUCAAUUUAAUUGCUACUCUCCGGAGCGGAAACAUACACGCACCAAAGAUUCUCCGUAAGUUCCGGUAACAACCCCGGCUAAACUCUGCUCCUCCUCAACAUGCAAAGACAUUAGUCUUUCAUCCUACUUCCUUGACACCAAUUACAACUUUACUCCUAGCCAGGAUUAUGACUCCAUCAUCUGGCAUCUUAAGACCUUACCAAGAACACAGGAACCCCAAAGAGGAAAAAAAAAAAAAAAAAAAAGCUUCAUUUGUGUAUAGUUUAGAAAAAAAGAAAUCCAUAAUUGUGGCGGAUCAAAGGAUGACGCUCUUAGCUGUGAAGUUCCCUCUCAGAGGUGUUAGCCAAAUGAGUCGAUAUAUUGUAUUUAAAGCAAUUUUUUUGGGGGGGGGUGGAAUUCGUACAACGUCAGGGGUGUCAGUCAUUUUUGUCGCAGGAAACGUAGUUACCCGUUUCCCUAAAAGGGCCGUUAUGACGGAAACCAUAAAAAUCUUUAAGCGCCUCACCAUAUUGAAACAUGAAAUCUAUGAACUCAUUUUGGAAUCAGAAAUCAAGGGCAAUGGCAACUAUUAUUUGGUAGCAUAGCGUAAAAAAACUUGCAAUAUCUCAUUUAUGAUGUAACAAUUUGAAAUUUUGGUACAGAUUUUAACAAGAAUCAUAGCAGUCAAUACACACGAUUUGCCUUCGCGCGACACAUAAAAUCAUGCGGCGGCCUGUAUCUGGGCCCCGGGCCUUGAGUUUGACACCAAAACUUUUUGGGGCAUUUAAGCUCCAAUACUACACGAAAAAAUAUCUUUUCGGAUCCUUUGCAAACUUUUUAGCCUUUUCCCUCCCAGGAUUUCUUGCAUUAAACAUUUUCUCUUGAAAUUCCAGUCGUAAAUGUCAGCUCUACAGAUGCCACGUCUGCAGGCGGCGUAUUGUGGUUAAAAAAAAAAAAAAAAAAACGCCACUCGUCUGUUUGACGCUAUCAAUCGACGUAAAGGUAAUUACAGUCACUCGUUAUUUUAAGUGCGCCGCUUAUUUAUUCAACACGGCCGACUCCAUCACUCCCAAAGCCACAAUUUGAAGAAAUGCCGUUUUAUUGACGAACCGCCUCCGAGCUGCUUUUUAUUGGCCGAAUGGGGAGAUUGCAGUCCAGCGUUGCCUAAUCCACUAUAAAUAAAAUCAAAAUGUUGCACUGAAAACAAAACACCCCCCCAAACAUGGCUACGGUUCAAAUUUGCUCUCGCCCCAAAAGACCAUUUUGUUUCUACAUCCCGUUUAUUACUUCAGGCACAUUUUUCCUUUCUCGCAGAAACGAAUCCUCUUGUUUUCCGCUCCUAAUCGUGAGGAUUUAGGGCCUUUGUGUGUUUUUUUUUUUUUUAAUUAUAUAUAUCAUUGUAAAACGCGUUUCUUUGACUUUUAUCUCAUCGGGGAUGGAGGCAGGCAUCUAAAUCCGCCGAUUACGCCGCAAAGAUUACAAUGUAACUUGUGCAGUUGGCGCACUGUAAGCCUCGCCGGCAUUGAACGGCAUUGCGAUGUGAGCGAUGAAAUGAAAGGGAACGGCACACAGAGGCGGACGUCCUGUCAAGUUCAGUCGCGGCUCGGGAGUCGGAGUUGAUUAAAAAUGUAAAACUUACGCACUGAAGUCAAAAGUGGGGGGGGGGGUGCAACGCUGGCCUGUAAUAACCCCUCAGGACGCAAUCUGCAGUUUAAUCUUGAAUUGUACAAACCGCUCGACAUCUGUAACCGUUUCCCAUAUUCCCCUCACUGAGACAGCCAACUACAUUUUUCAUAAGUCCAUUUGUAUUAAAUGUACAGCUGAUGCCACAUUCCCCAUCCAUUCACUCGCACGUCUGCGCAAUGUAACAAAACCAAAUCUGAGAGCUUUGCCAAAUGGAGGAUAAUGAAGAAGAUUAUCAUUAAAUAAUUUCAUUGAUCAAAUAUUUUAAAUGCCUGAUUUCUUGCUCGCAUUUUUGUGUUUGGUCGUCUGCUGCGUGCGCCGCAAACACGGAUCAGUACACAAAUUCCAUCCAUCCAUUUGUUUCCUUUGCCGCUUAUCCUCACGAGGGUCGCCGGGAGAGCCGGAGCCUGUCCCAGCUGUCAACGGGCAGGAGGCGGGGUACACCCUGAACUGGUUGCCAGCCAAUUGCAGGGCACAUAGAGACAGACAACAGCCGCACUCACAAUCACACCUACGGGCAAUUUAGUGUCCAAUUAAUGUUGCAUGUUUUUGGGAUGUGGGAGGAAAGCGGAGAAAAUGGCACAAGUGGAACAUGCAAACUCCACACAGGCAGGGCCGGGAUCGAACCCG